AAAUGAUACCCACUUAUAGGACAAAUUCAGUUUGUUUUGCUUAUCGAGGUGAGAUUGAACCUGCUUGGCACCGAUACCGAACCAUGGGCGUGUCCUCCAGUAUAUCUCCUAUAUCCGUCACCCUGUAUUUCAUCAUCCUCCUUUACACAGGAUGUAUCCUUCAGUCUACAGUGGCCUCUGAUCAUCAGCUCAAAGCAGUUUUCAGUAUGAGCGGAAUAAAAGGGUACGUCAUCUUUUCGCGAUCACAAUAUGACGGCCCCACAAGUGUCAUGGUUAACUUAACAGGCAUUAACGAGACUCUGGCAUGGCGCAUUCAUCAACUGCCUAUGAUCUACGACGGUAACGCGGCCAUGAGUUGCAGUGCAGUGGGAGCAGUUUUUGAUCCUGGAAUGGCUAUGGAAGCUGGGGACUACAAAAAUUCGUGCAGUUUACAAAAUACAGCAAGGUUCGGAGCAUGCGCAUUUGGAGACCUGACGGGAUUGCUUGGAAAUCUUGAUGCCGAUUCAUCACAGCAAAAUUUCACAAAUCAAAGUUUGAAGAUUCCAAUAAAAGGCCCUCACAGCAUCAUGGGCAGGACACUUGUGUUGUACAGUGGGGAAACACCCACAGCAUGUGCCCUCAUCACUCCAACAAGGCCUAUGUUGACAGCUGUAGCUGCUUUCAAGGCUCCUAUAGCAGGUGUUGUGUUUUUGAGACAAGUAGACGUAAACUCGGACACCAGUGUCUUUGUCAAUCUUUUCUACGUCAACGACGCCACAUCCGAAGAGAUGUUUACUUGGCAAAUUCAAGAUUCAGCUUCGUGUGAAACAGCAAGCACACUAUUCAAUCCUGAUGGUAAAGAUAACAGCAGCUGCAACCAGACAAUGCAGAACAAUUGUUCUAUUGGCGAUUUAAAGUCCAAACAUGGCAACAUCAUGCUAUCCAUGGCGACGAAAAACCAAUCUAAAACCAAGGCUGCCUUCACAGACUCCAACCUACCCCUUAGUGGCGCCAAAAGUGUUGUUGGUAAAGUAAUUGUUUUGUUCUCAGGCAAUGACACACAGAAACCUUUUGCUUGCGCCAAAAUCAUGAAAGUGAAACCAAAGGUUGUCAAAGCUUCGUUCGAUCCAAAAAUCCACGAUGGUGUAGGUGGAUACCUCAAGAUUACUCAGCCGUCUCCUUUCGAUCCUUCUACAACAGAAGUCAACCUUACUGGUCUUAGGAAAGAGUCACAAGGAUACCACGUCCACAACUAUCCCAGUCCAAGGCAAAUGCAGUACACCGGUAUGGAAUCCUGUGCUGGAGGUUACCUGGGUGGGCACUGGAAUCCAUUUGGUAUUGAUACUAGUUCCAGUCCUCCUCCUGGAAGUGGCACCGAUGAUGAAUACGAGAUCGGAGACCUGAGUGGAAAAUAUGGAUCACUACUUAACCUUACGAGUUACAGCGGAGAGCACAUUGACUACAAUCUGCCUUUAUUUGGAAAGAACAGCAUCCAUGGCCGAUCUAUUGUAAUCCACAAAAUGAAGACGAUGAAAGGCUUGAGAUGGGUGUGUGCAGAUGUGCGCCAGGUGAUGGAAGGGGGAGACAUGUUUGAGAUGAAAUCUAAGAUAACUUUCACAGGACCUUCCCUUAAGGGGUACAUUCUGUUGAUCCAAUACAAGGAGAAUGAGAAUUCUAUGAUGCCCGAGGAAACCUCAAUUUACGUUGAUCUUAAAUACGUUUCAAACUCCAGCCAAAAGAGCUUGAAUCACGAGUGGCACGUCCAUGUAAAACCAGAAGGGGGUGACACUUAUGCAGCAAUGGGUGAAAGGUGUAAAAGUUUGGGAGGACAUUACAACCCUUAUGAAGUAGAUUUGGAAGGAACUUACAAGUCCACAUGCUUCUCUAGUAAUAUGCUGCGGUGUGAAGUUGGCGACCUUUCCGGCAAACAUGCGAUGCUGAACGUCGGAACAGGACAGAGUUUUUAUACCGAUCCUGACCUUCCCUUGUUUGGAGAAAUGUCAGUAAUUGGUCGUGGAGUUGUGGUUCAUGCAGAAAACGCUGGGGGUGCCCGCUUAGCCUGUGCUUCUAUUACACCAGUUUCUUCGUUGUACGUAGAGAAAACACUGAAAUAUGUCAAGGGAGCUACAUUUUCCAGAGUGAACUUUACAAAGAAAAUUAGCGCGGCACUUAAAAUCCCAUCAUGGCGGUUGUUUUAUAUUCGAACAGAAGACAGUGAAGUUCAAGACUGUGUCACUGUCAAAUUUGGGAUCAUUGGAAACGAGAGACAAGUCAGUGAACCCUCACAAACCUUUGACUACAUUAUGGAACGUCAGCCAGCAAAAUUGGGAGAAUUUCAGCCGAAAAAGAGUUGCCAUGUCCCUACAAGUACUCCUACAGUUUCUACAGGAGUCACACCAACAAAAAGUGGAACACGCAUCAAUCAAGUGAAAGAACUUCUCAUGCUUGGCUUGAUUUUACUAGCAGGACAUGCAAAUCUAAGACGGGCAAGCCAUGCCAAUUCAGUUCUAGCGCGUAUCUCUAAUGUUGAACUGUUCCACAAUUGUGCAGGUCUUGUUGCGUCAGCGUCCGGUACCGAUGCUUUGAAGGCGACUUUUAGCAUGGGUGGAAUUAAGGGUGAUGUAACCUUCUCUCAAUCUCAAGGACAGUCUUCCUCAGUAGUUAUGGUCAACUUAACAGGCGUCUCUGUGAUAUUAAAAUGGAGCAUACAACAAUUACCUAUGAUCUAUAAUGGGAAUGCGAACUUGAGCUGUAAUGCAGGGGUAGUAGGGGAUGUGUUUGACCCAAAGAUGGCCAAGAAGUCUGCUGACUAUGCGACCAACUGCCAACCGAACAGUGGUUUAAAAUUUCAAUCAUGCGCAGUCGGAGAUUUAUCAAUAAUGCUCGGAGACCUGAACAGCAAUAACCAAGAAGAAAAUUUUUCAGACCCGAAGUUGAUGAUUCCAAUCAGUGGUCCACAUAGUGUCAUAAGUAAGACCUUGGUCCUGUACGAUGGUGACAUGCCCAAAGCAUGCGCCCUGAUUGCUCCGACCCAGCCGAUGAAAACAUUCGUAGCUGUUUUCAAGGGUCCUGUUUCAGGCUUUGUGUACUUCAGACAAGUUGACGAGAACUCGGAUACUUCUGUGUUUGUCGAUCUCUUCUUUGUCAACGAUGCCAAUUCUAAUAAAGACUUUUCGUGGCAAAUUAACCAGGGCGUGGUUAGUCACGAUGCUACCGAUCCAUCUACUUACUGCAAGAAUGUUGGAGAAAUGUUUAAUCCAAAAAACGUGAACGAUCCCAGCUGUAAUAAAUCUAUGCAUGGUAAUUGCGCCAUCGGUGAUAUGACGUCCAAACAUGGACAAAUCGAAGUUUCAUUAGCAACCAAAAUGCAGUCAUCUAAAAAAGCGGCAUUCACCGAUAUUAACCUUCCCUUAAGUGGCGAUAACUCCGUCCUGGGCGAAACGCUGCUGCUGUUUCUAACGGACCCAAAACAGGCCAUUGCCUGUGCGAAGAUUGUACACUUAGAGCCGAAAACAUUGAAAGUUUCGUUCGUUGGAAGGACUCAAGAAGGUGUAGAUGGCCAUUUCACGUUUAAGCAGUCCUCCCCUUUUGAUGCUACAACAGCAGAGAUCAAACUGACUGGGCUCAAUAAAAAGGCUCAAGGGUACCACAUACACGCCUACCCAAGCCCGUCGUAUAUGGACUUAUCGCCAAAUGAGUCCUGUACCGGACUUGUUGCUGGAGAUCACUGGAAUCCCUACAAUGUCGAUAUUAAAACCAGUCCUCCUGCAGGCACAGGAACAGACGAUGAGUACGAAGUUGGUGACUUAAGUGGAAAGUAUGGGACCUUUUUAAACCUCUCGGCAGUUAGCAAAACGAUCGUGGACUAUAAUCUUCCAAUGUUUGGCAGAAACAGCAUCCAGGGACGCUCUUUGGUCAUUCACAAACUUAAGAUUCAGGACAACAAUAUGCGCUGGGUCUGCAAUAAUCUCUUGCCAGUGGUAGAUGAAGGCAUCACCUACUUCAUGAAAGCCAUCGCGAAUAUCAGUGGACCAUCAGUAAAGGGAAUGGUUGUACUGGAUCAGUACUUUUCCAGCUCACCACAUGUGGCUGAGGUCGAAUCCACAAUUUACAUUAACAUCAAACACAGCCAAGAUUCUAACUUAAAAACGAGUGGCCACCUGUGGGGAGUACAUAAAAAUCCUGUAGACGGAGAUGCAAGUUACACCAACGUUAACGAGAGAUGCAUGAGUUUGGAAGGGAAAUUUAAUCCAUACGCAGUGAAAAUUCAGGGAGACUACUCGUCCACCUGUAGUCCAACUAACAUGCUGCGCUGUGAAUCCGGAGACUUAUCUGGUAAACACGACCCUCUCGAAGUGGGCGGCGGCCGCGUAUUUUUCAACGAUGUCAAUCUUCCGUUAUUUGGCAGUAACUCCGUUGCUGGGCGUGGCAUAGCUGUGAAUGCUAAAGAUGGAAGGAGCGACCGACUUGGUUGCGCCAAUCUCUUAGUGAACAGAUCUCUAUAUGAAGAAAAAUUCCUUUUCGCGAAAGAGUCUGACUUUUCCAGCUUCCAUUUUGCUGAUACCAUCUCUAAAGCUUUGGGAAUACCAAAGUGGCGCCUUUUCAUGAUUCGCACAGAGAAAGCCAAUAGUUCCGGGUGCAUGAAAGUCAAGUUUGCAAUAAUCGGCAAAGCGAAUCAAGUCAGCCAACCUGUCGCAAAAUUUGACGAUCUCAAGCAAAAAAAUCCAGAAGCGUUCAAACCCUAUACUCCAACCGAGGACUGUGUUCCCUCGACAGUUCCCUCGACAAGUUCAGUUCCCUCGACAAGUGGAGCACUCGGUUAUCACUCAAGCUUCGUACUGUCGAUCAUUAUUGUGAUGGUCUCUGCUUUCAUGGGAUGAUUACGAUUGACGCCAGUAAUACUCGGAUCAUUAACCUCAAAUACUCGUUGAAGCUUAGAUCUCGGUGACAGCUUUUCACGGUAGAGAGCUUAGUAGUUCAAUUACAGAUUAUUUUUUGAAAGCUAAUUUCUGCAUGUUACCGAGUUUUUUUCCUCUUUUGCUUUCUAACAAAAUGGCCAAAGACAAGCAAUUUUUGUGCAGCGUUAAGAUAUGAUUUAAAGACCACUGAAUUUGCACCAGCUUUAAACCUCACAGAACUGUAAUGAAUGGAAUGCACCAAUUACUAAAUAAAAUCAUUGUCACCGAUCAA